AUGUGUCAAAUUAGAAACUAUGCCCGAUCUACGGAUGUGAGGGUGGCGAGGGUUGAGGCUGAUUUGCAUAAAUUGUUAGAGAGAUCUAUUGAGAGGGAUGUAGCUCUUUUGAGAGAUAGGUUGACCCAGUGUGAGCCGUUUAUUGAAUCAUAUGGUGUGAGGUUGGAUAACCUCACUGCUACACUAGAGGUUCGGGCAAAGGCCAAGGGUAGAUCGGAGGUGAUAGCUACUAUGAGGGGUGAGAUUGGCACCUUGAGGGCCGAUGUAGACCAGUUGAGGUCUACUGAUAUUUCUAUGCUUUGGGGCGAGGUUCCCUUACAUGAUGUGUCGAUGUCUAUACCCUCUACUAUGCCUAAUAGUGAGCGUCUUUUUGAUAUAGCUGAUAUUGGAGUUGAGAAUAAUACGAGAGAGGAUGACAUGGUCGAUGAUGAUUUGGCUGAGGAGAUAAACGAGAAUGAGUUGAGGAGAGAGGAGGUUGAGUAG